AUGGCUGGACGCCUGCUGUUUGUCAUCCUCGUGUCUCUUCGCCCACCAACACUAACUGUGAAUCCACCGGUGAUCACAGAGACAGACUCAGUCACUCUGCACUGUCAGACUCCACCGUCUGUUUCUGUGUCUGACUGUUAUUUUCGCACUGUGAGAGGAAGACCUGGAAAAAACUUCCCUUGUCUUCAGACACUGACAGGAACUGAGCUGCUGGAGAUGGCACAGAGGAGUUCACCUGCUGAAGUUAACAUGACAUGUUUUUACCUUCAGGGUAAUCCAUCUCCAGAUAGUGAUGUCUCCUCCGUCAUCAUUCGAAAUUUUCUCCCACCAACACUGACAGUACAUCCACCGAUGAUCAGGGAGACAGACUCAGUCACUCUGCACUGUCAGACUCCACCGUUUGUUUCUGUGUCUGACUGUUAUUUUCGCACUGUGAGAGGAAGACCUGGAAAAAGCUUCCCUUGUCUUCAGACACUGACAGGAACUGAGCUGCUGGAGAUGGCACAGAGGACUUCACCUGCUGAAGUUAGCAUGACAUGUUUUUACCUUCAGGGGAAUCCAUCUCCAGAUAGUGAUGUCUCCUCCGUCAUCAUUCAAAAUUUUCUCCCACCAACACUGACAGUACAUCCACCGAUGAUCAGGGAGACAGACUCAGUCACUCUGCACUGUCAGACUCCACCGUCUGUUUCUGUGUCUGACUGUUAUUUUCGCACUGUGAGAGGAAGACCUGGAAAAAGCUUCCCUUGUCUUCAGACACUGACAGGAACUGAGCUGCUGGAGAUGGCAGAGAGGAGUUCACCUGCUGAAGUUAACAUGACAUGUUUUUACCUUCAGGGGAAUCCAUCUCCAGAUAGUGAUGUCUCCUCCGUCAUCAUUCAAACUCUUCUUCCACCAACACUGACAGUGAAUCCACCGGUGAUCACAGAGACAGACUCAGUCACUCUGCACUGUCAGACUCCACCGUCUGUUUCUGUGUUUCAGUGUUAUUUCUACAUUUCAAGUGGAGGAAGUAGAGUUUUCUCUUGUCUGAAGACACUGACAAGAACUGAGCUGCUGGAGAUAUCACAGCAGAGUUCAUCUGCUGAUGUUGAGUUGACAUGUUUUUACUCUGUGAAGCUUGGAGGGAUACGUUAUGUAUCUCCACACAGUGAAACGUCCUCCAUCACCAUACACAGUCGGACUGUUAACACCCCAAGUAUCACUGGUAGUUCCUCCUUUUCCCCCCUCACACAAGUGAAACCAACAUCAGACACAAUAACUAGUGUGACUCAUGUGAGUCCAGGUCCUGAUCAUGAUGAAACAGGUUCAAGUGUUCGUACGCCUGGUAUUGAAGAUAGCUCUAUCACUGCAACCCCUCAGAAAACAGCAUCAGCAGAAAUAUGGAAGUUUGUAGCAGUUGUUACUGGAUGUGGAACACUUGUGGGUGUCAUCUUGCUGGUUUCUGCAAUUCUCUUUAACAAGAGAAGUACUGAAAACUGCAUUUCCAAAAGACUGAAAGCAAACAUCACUGGUUUGCAGGGUGAUUAUGACGACACCUACAGCGUUGUCACCUACAAAUUCAACAGUGUGACAAUAGCAGAGAAGCUGCAUCAGUCCUGAGAGAGACUGCUCACAGCCAUCAAAGUUCAUUUGAAAUCCUAGAGUUUUCUUUCUUUGCAUUUAUUUGUGUAUUUUUAUUACGUUAAAUUUCAUCAUAAUGUCCAAAAUGUAUUCAGCCCUUAAACACAACUAUGAUUUUACCAAAGUUUUCCAAGACAACUUAAAACUAUGAAUUACACCAAUGAGAGAUUCUACAAUGCUCUGACAAACAUGAUUACUUUGAUACACUGUCAGUGAAGACUUUCAUAUACUUUAUAAAGUGACACACACACACACACACACACACACACACACACACACACACACACACACACACACACACACACACACACACACACACACACACACACACACACACACACACACACACACACACACACACACACACACACACACACACACACACACACACACACACACACACACACACACACACACACACACACACACACACACACACACACACACACACACAUACACACACACACACACACACACACACACACAGUUUAUCAACCAAACAACACGUACUCGUCUUUUUUAAGCAUUGAGUCUCUGUGUGGUCAAUCCGAAAAAUAAAACCGUAAAGAUAAUUUAAACAGGAUGUGAAGUGUGUGUCUGUGGCCUGUAUGAUAAUGCCAUUCCCUUCUACAGCUACCUGUGGGUUUUGAGAACAUUUUGUUAAAUUACAGUGAGUUUGUCACACAGUCAAACACACAAAC